AUGGCCAACAAAGGUGCAGCAGUGGGUUCAGUGUCCUGGAUCGCUGCUGAGAAAGAGAAUGCUCUUAAUCUCCUACAAAAUGAGAAGGAAGAAGUCAUAUUUCCAGCCCAGCACCAGCUCGAAUGGCUCAACGAGCAUAUGGCGGAGAUAUUCAAUAAGAGUCAUCUUGAUGUUGCCAACAUCUUUAAGACACCUGGAAAGCUUCGAGGGAAAACUCCUCGUACUGCAAGAAAACGAAACGCUCAAGACGCUCGAAUACCUUUGAGCGACGUCUUCUCAUCAAAGCCCUUACCUAGGCAAAGUCCUCAGAAAAGGCCUGAUCAACCCAGACUACGUUUUGAAAUCUCGACCGAUCCUGACCACACGGAACAACAACCCCUCAAAUCACAGACCGACUCUGGGUACCACACCGCAAGCCAGGACGAUGUGGACAUUGGCAUAGAUCCUUAUUCGAGAAAUGUACUAGGAGCUGCACGUGAAGAAAUCUCUGACAAUACUGUACCGACUUCAGAGCAUAACGUCGAGGAUGCCAUGGACGAAGGACAUCGUACUACGGAAGGAUCGUUUCAUUCGGCAAAAGAAGACCAAACAACGAAGAUGACAGGACUAGAGGGUGCUACGAAGGGAAGUGCAUCUGAGAGUGUGUCUCUGGAUGCUCAUCCAGUUGAAAGCACCGUUGCAAAAAAUGAGUCGCAAGCAGAAAUACAUCCCGACCUGGAUGACAUUGGCUCCCCUUCCGAUGAGUCGACUCCUGAAAGACCUUUGGUGAGGAAGAGCAGUCUAACAUUUGCCUCACUGCCGGCACGAGAGCCACUGAAAUCAAGUAUUGGGACAAGAAUCUCCCGGACAAGUCAUGUCGACCAGGCUCAUCGACCACCAUCAAGUGCAUAUGGGAUACGACCAGCUGUUCCUUCGAGUCAGAAUGUACAACACCCAUCACGUGAUGACGACAAAGACGUUGAAAUGGACGACGCAGACGACGAAACUGACUCGAAUGUGCAGAUCUUGGGCCAUGAUGACUCCGAGUGCGAAAACCAAGUCACCAAAGACCACUCCAAAUUCUCCACGCAAAGACUGCAUGAAAAGAUCGACAUGCUUGGAAGAGUUGCUGCGCCACGACCGUCCAAAUCUAUCCAUUCUACUGUCGUCCUGCCAGAUGUGAAGCAACUGGACGAACAGCGUCAGAAAUUGCAGAAUGAAAAACCGACGCAGGUCGUUAAUGACGAUGAUGACGACUGGAUCAAGCCCCUGAAUGGUCCAGAAGGCGCCAUGUCAUGUCCCUCGAGGAAUGCCCCAGCUGUGGAAUCAGAUUCUGAGGAGGAAUUCGAUCUUCGGGCUCCCGAACUGAUCGCGCACGACGAACGCAUGAGGUCUCCUGCACGCACGUCACCCGGUCCUGGUAAGACAAUGCCAGGCUUUGGGCACACGAAAUCUGCGUCAACUGCUACCCUGGCUUCACCUGCAAAGGCAUCCAUGGCACCUCCGCCAAGCCCCGCGAAAUCCAUAUCGGUGUCGAAUCCAACUCAAGGAAUAACAACUCCGCAGGGUUCGCCGAGGCGAUAUCUCGAUCUGAGUGCUUCGAAGUCGAAGUUGCAAUCCAUAAUGAAGACCGCCAAAGGUCUGUUCACCAGCAGCGCAAGUGUCUCAGCCGCAGCCAAGUUGGAAACUUUGUCUCCACAUGCUCUCAAGGUGGCAUCGAAUGCAAUGCCUGGAAUGUACCCUAACUUGAACGCGCUCAUUGAAGAUAAACCUUUACCUGCAAAUCCUCCAAAAGAGGCGAGAAAAACCCGCAGUUCCACCGAGAGAGAAAGAGAAGAGAGACGAAAGGAAAAAGAAGCACACUUGAAGCAGCGAAUGGAUGAGCAACUGGAGAGGGCCCGAGAAGAAGAGAGAAGAAAAGUUGCAGAGCAAACGCUCGCGCGUGAACAAAAGGCGAAAAAGGACUCCGACCAAUGCCAGCCUUCAAGCCCAAAACACCUAACGGUUGAGCAGCAUGAACCGAUUGAAUCGGCAGCAAGACCAACCAGGCCGAUUAGACUCGGAAAAGACCAUCCGAUCAACAAGGCUAAACCUGCGCCAGUAUCCAUCCGGGUUGGAACUCUCUCUCAACGAAUGCCGGCCAAUACGUCUCAAGCGGCUCCGAACGCUCAGGAGACCCUGGCUGCAGAGCCUAAGCGCCCAGGGUUGAAUAAGAAGGCCAGCACUGCUUCAUUGCAAUCAUCAACAAUCACGAACAUGAAAUCAUCGGUCCACGCGCCUCCGAAGCCCAGGGCAUUGCUUGCAGCAGAACGCAAAAAAGAGCAGGACGAACGAGAGGCACAGAGAAAGCUUGAACAGAAGCGAGAAUUGGAGCGUAAGCGAGCAGCUCAACAGGAAGAGGCGCGAAGGCAAGAGCAGAGGCAACGAGCAGAGGCAGAGAAGCGUGAACGUGAACGAGUGGCAGCAGAACAAGCGAAGCGACAGGCUCAGCAGCAAGCCAUCGAGCGUAAACGUCAAGAUGCGGCAAGAAAGGCCGAGCAGCAACGGUUGGAGCGUGCUGCGAACGAAGCUUCUCAGAUAAGGCCGUCCUCACGUCUUGGGGGUCAAACUACAGGUCGUUCAUUGCUCAACCAUCCGCUGCCUACCAAUCCCGCGAAACCUGCGAAGCGGCCAUUGGAGGAAGAACAGGGCACAGUACGUCCCCAAAACUCAAAGUACGGCGUUCUCACAUCCCAAGGUGACACAAAGAGGCGGAAGACUGAAGAAGAAACCGUGGUUGAAACUCUUCCGCGUCCUGUUGUUUCUGGUGCACCCAUCCGGCAGUCACAACUUGGGAAGAAGCCAUCAAUCUUCAAUCAUAGCACCUAUACGCAAGUCCAAUCGUCAACGUACGUGGGCCAAUUCCCUCAGCCUCCCAGUCGAGCCGCGCCCCCACAGAUGCAACAAUAUGCCACGGGAGGAAAGAUUCCCUUUGCAGAUGCCCCUAACCAACCAGCGCAAACAAAAACUCCUGUGUCAAUCAUGCAACAGAAGACGAUCCAAACAGUCAAGUCAUCACCACAGUAUCCUAAUGGGGAGGCCAUUCACCUCCCCGAGAUUCCAACUGACUCGGAGGAUGAAGACUCAGACGAUGACGGCAAUGCAUUCCCUAUUCCUGACUGGGCGACACCGGGCCAUCUCACCGAACAGCUCAUCCGGCAGGAGGGUAUGGAUGGCGAUGCAGUUUUUGGGCCCAUUGCACCAUUGAAAAUAGAAGAGAUAUUCUCCAAGGGUAAUAAGGACAGAUUGAAACGGCUCAGAGACCGGACAAGCAGCGCCAACUGGGCACUGAGCGGCGAUGGUCUGACACUGGAAGAGGUCAGAGCAGAUCGAGAACAGCGAGAGCGAAUGAGAUUAGAAGGUGGUUGGAGAUACGGCAACUGA